CCGGAACCGCUUUCUUUUCAGAAUGUUGCUAGACCGGGCGCGUAUUAUGAACGUCCGCGAAUAAAGCGUGAUUUGCCUAUUGUGUCGUCACCAUGGUUGGGUCUCGCAGCAUUCGGAAUAGUCGGCGUUGCGGGGUGGGGCGCGUUCCUCGCGUACUCAACGAAUCAGGAACGACUGUCCAGCUCAGUAGUCCGCCAAAUUCUACUGAACCUGCGUGAAAGCCCUCUUGUUCGAGAAGCGCUUGGGGAGGGUGUGCGUCCUGAACCGACGUGGUAUCUCAACGGUGACCCUUGGAUCAACGGCUCCAUAAACAUGUUACAAGGGAACGUCGACAUUAGCAUGCGCGUUAAAGGCUCAAAAGGAGCUGGCACGCUUUACUUUACGAGUAUUCGUCGAGAAAAAGGACAGUCGUUUGAGAUUCUCCGAUUCAAAAUCAUUUGCGACAACAAGACUGUGAUUAACUUA